ACGUGGCGUUUUACGAAGGAAAUUCUGUCAGCGCCUGAGUGAAAAGAAUAUCAAAUUUUAUAAAAGUGAACUCAUUGCACUUCUUUGAAAACAAAUCUGUAUUCUACCUGUAAACAAUAACACUAAAUUCUAAAAGAAAGGAACUAUGCCGCCUAAACGGAAGGCAGGGCGUCCGCCUGGGUCCAAAAAUAAGAAAGGAAGAAAAACGUGUAAAAAGAUUGCUGUGAAAAAGAAGCCAGUUUUGAUAAUACGUGUAGAAAAGGAAGAAGUUGAACGUUCUUUAAAUGGUGAUGAGUGUUCAACAAACGAUGAAAAUCUCUGUGGAGUGUGCCGAAAAGUAUUCAACUCCAAAGCCGAGCUGGAAACACAUCAUAUACGUUGUCGUGCUUUGGAAAUUGUAUCAGAUUAUUUUCCAAAGGCAGCAUACACUUGCAAUGAAUGCCCCAAGAAGUUUAGAUUCAAGAAAAGUUUUAUUGAACAUUGCAAGAAUGAACACUCCAAGUCGCCUAAAAGAGUUGCUUGUAGUCAUUGCAAUGUGUAUUGUCCUGACACAAAGACAUUGGAUGAACAUGUAGCAAAGGUUCAUGAAAGAGAUAUCUUUGAAUGUCCUACAUGCAAGCGGCAAUUUGUUCGUCGAUCUCAUGUACUUCGGCAUAUGGCACAGACAGGGUGUGAUGGCCAAGGAGUGGCAGAAUACUCAUGUGAAAUAUGCAAUGCAACAUUCACAAGAAAAGAUAAUUUAAUGGUGCAUAUAAGAUUGCAACAUAUAGUGAGAAAUGUUUACAAAUGCAAGAGCUGCCAAUAUGAUACAAAAAAUUUCUCCAAAUUGAUAGCCCACUGGCAUACAAACCAUUCAGAUACACCUGGGCAGUUCCAAUGCAACACUUGCAACAAAUGGACCAGCUCCCGAGCAGCUAUGACCAAACACCUUGAAAUACAUGGAGAAAAGAAAUAUGCUUGUGAUGUGUGCGGGUACAGCACGUACACGAUCGAGGUGAUGCGGCGCCACGUGCUGACGCAUGUAUCGGAGAAGCCCUACAAGUGCGAGCAGUGCCCCAAGUCCUACAUCCAGAAGGCGCAACUGCAGCGCCAUCUCGAGAUCCACGCAGGCAACCAAUGCACCAAGUGUAGUACUCCUUUCCCCUCCAGAGCAAAGUUACUGGUUCACAUGAGAGAACAUAUGGGAUUAGAUAAGUUGCAUUGCCCCGUAAAGACAUGUCCUUAUUACACCAAAGCUUUCUCCACUGAAACGGGCCUGAACCAUCACUUGAAAACACAUGUCGAGGAUAAACCGCACAGCUGCGAGGUUUGCGGUAAGAAGUUCCACUCGGACAUGAACCUGCGCCGGCACCUGGAGACGCACACGUUGGACAAGCCGCGGCGCUGCAUGUACUGCGUGUCGGCGCGCGCCUACGUGCGCGGCGCGCAGCUCCUGCGACACGUGCGCAAGAACCACGACGCCAUCUUCCGCGGCCACCUGCUGCAUGUACGACAAGUGCUCGGUGCUGAUAGCACAGUAGAAAGAGUGAAGAAGUCUGAAUUAGAUGCAAUCCUUAACUUGUUAGAUGUGGAGUCGGAUCGAAUCCUGCAAGGUUACAGCGGAUCUGAUGUGCUCUACGGUGGUAUGCAAGAGGACGAAAAUCGUGCCAGUAAAGAAGUACCUAACAACGAACCAAAGAAAGUGAACUCGCCCCUGCUGUCAGAAGAAGAGCUUACCGAGAAUUUGAGAAAACUGCUUUCCAAACUUAUUGAUAAGGAAACACUCAAUCUGUUUGGGUGGCCGGACGAAAGCGUAGAUGUGGUAUUGGAAAAAGUGAUCGAGCAGUGUGGCGCCAAGCCCGCAGACCGUGACAAGUGGACACGUGUACAACGUUUGCGCGAGAACUCCAAGCAUUUGUUCUUGUACGUUAUAGAAGACAAAAACAUAGCUCGCAUGCUGGGCACACACACCAUUGAUCAAAUCGUUAAACAUAUACUGAAACAAGUGAGUGACGAUGAUGCCAACGAGAUAUAGUAAGGUCUUUGUACCUGUACUCCAUACUUUUAUUUUAUACAUACUUUCAUUAUUCCAUCAAGAUCAAUGCUAACGGUACUAUGGGCAAAAGCGUCUAUUGAACUUGAAACUAACCUGAUAAAAUUAUUCUACUAAUAUGAUAAAAUAUGUACAUACUUUGUAUGAUCUAGGUAAAGAUGUGUAACUACUUAAUAAUGUUUAAAAAUUUUAAUUGUGUAAGCAUAAUUUUAUAUUAUAUCAAAUUAUUGUUGCUAUUGGGCAAACAUUUCUAUCCAACAGUUGCGAACAAGACCAAUAUAUGUAUUUUUUUUAAUGUUUUGUAAUACAAUGGCUAGCAUGUACUACAUAGCUAAUAUUUUAGAAAUGUUAUAUAGGAAAUGUACAUGUAAGGUCCAAAAUAUUUAAGAAUAUCUUGUGCAAUGGUCAGUGGAUGUACCUGAUGUAUUGUUUUAAUCUAAAGUGCUUUAUUUCCAAGGAUCAAAUCUGUUUCAUGUUUGUGGUCAGUGUUAUAUUUUUUAACUAAAGUCUGUUUAUUUUGUUUGUACUUUUAAAUCAUAUUGGAGUGGUAAAUGUUAUGGAUUUUAUAGUUAACUAUAGUUUUAAUUUAAUGUUCCUAGAUAUAAAUUAUGAAAAUUAUAUUUUCAUUUUGGUGGCCUUAAAUAAUGACGAAUUUUUGUAAUUUUAUCAGAUAAAAUUACGGUUUGAGAGGAAGUUUUAGAUUAUGUGUCUACAAGGAAAAAUGUCUGCUUCCUUUUUUUAAUUUAUCCACCCUUUCCUCUUUCCCUAAGCCCGCAGCGCGUGUAUGGUUUGGGAUAGCUCGCUGUUUCAAUGUGUUUAAGUGAUAAUAUUAUAAUUAUGGAAAUGGCAUUUACCUAUUUUCUGAAAAAAAAUGUAAAAUAGUAUCUGAACAUAUUUGAAAAGCUAUCUAAGAAAUAUAUAUUUUUAUAAUGUUAAGUGAUAUAAGCUAAAUUUUAUAUUUAAGAUUAAGUGUUUUUGUGCUUUGCACUGUUAAAUAUUAUACGGGUGGACUUUUACAACUGUGGGUACUGUUCACUAAUGUAGUAAAAAAUGAAAAGUUGAGAAUGUAAUUGAUUCUAAACAUUCUUUGCCAUUUACAAUAAGUAUGCAAUAUUACAUAAUAUUAUGGCACGAUUAACUCAAAUUAAAAGGUGUCUAUUAGAUGCUAAACAUUGCCAAAAAGCAAAAUCUACAGUAAAUAAAUAUCUUCCAUUUGUUUUUUUUAUUAUCUUGUUACUGUUGCUCAAAAGGCCACCUUUUGAUUUCUUUGCUAUAAAAUUACGAUUUUCACGUAAUAUUUUAAAAUAGGUGAUUGGGUUUUGGCAGUUUUUAUUUUAUAUAAACUGAUAUUUUAUAUUUUACGUUUAUGGUUAAAAUGCUAAUCAUAAAUAAAAGAAAUAAAUAUCAUA